AUGCCAUUCGAAGCAUGCCUGGACACACGUAUGCGGGUUCUAAGCAUGCAGGUCGAUCAACCCGCUGCUCCAAGCUCGCCGCCUGCAUUGACCUUGAAUCGUAGAGACCAACGUGAAGCCAUUGCAACCAAGCCGAAAGAUGUGUUGGCAGUCGAUCAUGGCCAGUCAUCCAACCCUAUCCAGCUUGGAGUGGCUCGAGGGCGGCCAGUCUAUCCGAAUCAAGAUGGCUAUGGAAAGAACACAAGGAGUGACGAGUGGGCAAGGUUGCCAUCGGAGGCGGCCUUCCAGGGAAGUAUGCAAGUUGAAUCACAUACGUUUGAUGCCCAGUUCCGUGAUGAGCAUCGUGCAGAUCGUGCGUUGUCCAACGCUCAAUUUUGA